AUGCCCUCAUCCUACUGGGACAUUCUCCCCCCUGGCCGUCCGGCUCCCGCGCCCAGCCCGGAGCGCCGACGACCCAGCCCCCGCCGCUUACCUCGGCCUCUCCUGGCGCGCUUUGCGCGAGCGGCCGGCGGCCACGGUCACGGCGGCGAAGCUGGGUCAGGGGGCAAGGCCUCGGGCCGGCACCGAGCACAGGGCAGCGAGAGGCCCGAGCUGGGCCGAAGCAUGAGCCUGGCGCUGGGUGCUGUAACCGAGGAGGAAGCGGCUCGGCUGCGGGCGGGAGCCCUGAUGGCUCUACCACACUCGCCCCAGGCUUCAGGGACCGGGCGGUGGCGUUCGCAGGAGGUGCUGGAGGGAGCGCCUCCGACCUUAGUGCAAGCCCCCAUUGGCCUUAGCCCCCACCCGGAGGGCGGCCCCGGCUCUGGCCGUUUGGGUUUGCGUCGACGCUCCACCGCUCCAGACAUCCCCAGCCUGGUCGGGGAGGCAUCGGGGCCCGAGAGCGGCGCGGAGUUAGAGGCCAACGCUCUGCACCCCUCGGUGCCUGGGCCUCAGCCUUGGCAGGUGGGCACGGAGGCCGUGGUGCUGCACGCUCAGCGGUAAAUAGCGUCGAGGUUGAGCCCUGCGUCCCCUCCUCUUAUGUCUCUCCUCCACUGGGAUUUCUUUUUUCCAGGUCCCUCACUUUCCCGGCAGUUUCCUGGCCUGUGAUCCCAGAACCUGUCCCCACUGCCCAGGCCAGAUCCCUACCAAUCCUCUCUCUGAAAAGAACCCCUAUUUUAUUUCUUCUUUUUUUUUUUUUGUGCUUGUUGGUAUUCCCUGCCUAGGUCUCCCACUGUCCCUAUAGCCUACCUUUCCUGUCCUGGAGGGGAGGAGUAGAAGAAUGGUUCUAUAGGCUACAGCCUUUCAGCCAGGAAGACGGACCCCCUACUCUGAGCCCCUAAGGCUCAGUUCUGAGUCUUGCCGACUCCUGCUGGGUCACCUCCUCCUUACCAGUUUCCCAUACCCUGGCAGCCAGACAGCAGAAGAGUUGACUUGUAGAAAAAAGACCUAGGCUCCCCCCUCUGCCUAGUGAUGUGGCCAGCAAUGUUCCACGCCACCGAAGUCUCCCUUCUUGUUAAGUGUUGGAGAAGGAGAGCAAGGAGAGCAAGGAGACCAGCCUUUGAGCCCUUCCGGACAGGAGGGCUGAUUAGGAAGGAAUCUGGAGGUUAAGUUUUUCUGGGGAGAAACUCCUGCCUCAAGAAGAUGAGAGCAUAUUUAGGGGGGGCAGAGGCCCUGGUACUGAAGGCUACUUGUCCCCUGAAAUAGCUUCUGGGUAAUUUCAGCUCCGCAGACCCAGUUUUCAACUUCACUGAUGAUGUGGGGUCAUUGCUCUACAGCAACGCCUACUGAGCCCAGCUCCCAGCACCUGAGCCCAGCUUCAGCUCAGCUGCAUUUGUUUUAUCUUUGAGGUCUCGCCCCUCAGGGCCCAGCCUUAUUUCCUCUCACUCUUAGAGCCUGAAAUGGAAAGGACUGGCACUUCCCCGCCCCCACCACCUCCCAGCUCCCCCGUCCCGCACGUGGGUGCUCCGGCAGGGUGGAAUGGUUGCGAAGGCUUGGUUUAAUUGUAUUUCUUCCAAUCCUCAAAGAACUCGUGUUUUGAGUCUUUGUAUAUGAAGCAGAAAGCAGCGGGUCUGAUCCGAGGCUUAAGAACCUGACAAUGUCUCUUUAAAUAGAAGCUCUGCGAGGGGGAUAAUUGACUGAAGUGUUUGCCACGUUAAACGGCGGCGCGCGGGAGUCGGGAAGCCCACACGAGCCGCGGGUCCGGGUUUAAAUUACAUCAAACUCCUGCGAGAGCUGGAAGGGGGCUGUUAAAGGGCUCCUGCUUCUCGCGGGCCGUUAAUGGAGGGCAGGGCGGAUGAUGGAUGCUGGAGGUCGAGACCAAGGACCCCUGCCUCUGCCCCGGCGCGUGGGACGCAGGUCCGGCCCAGCUUCAUUACUGGGCAGAUUAGUGAAUCAGAGGCAACCGCGGGGAGGUGGUUAAAUGCCCUUUCCCGGCCUGGUCCUUCCUCUUCCCCUCCCUCCCUGCCCUCCUCUUUGUGCGGACCUAAGAAGUGUGCGUGUGUGUGUGUGUCAGGGGUGGGGGGGGGAGCGAGUUCUGGCGGGUCUGGCGAUCGCGUGCCCCAGGACCCUGCGGAAGCGCUAGCACAGGUAUCUGCGUCCAACGCGCGGGAUCGUUGGCGCUUGGGGGGCUCUUUGUGAACCCCCAAGGUUGAGCGUGCGGCGCCUCACCCGUCUGAGGUGGGGUCUUUUCAAGACGUCGAUCUAUAUGCCUUUGCAGAACGGAAGGUUUCUCACCAGUAACUCUAAGGGAACUUCCCAGAGCGAGAAUGAUCUGUGCUGAGAAACUGGUUCUGGAGGUGAGCGGGCCUGGUGUAGGUGUCAGACACCUCCCCAAUCCUUCCACCCCUCUACGGUCGGCAAGGCCGCGCCCUCUCCCCCCACGCCGCACUGGACGUGAUCUCUGGUGCCCCCUGGUGGCAGCGCUGAGCUUUCCUCGCGGUGCCCUGGCUCGGAGUUUAGACUUCUGGUUUUACUUGGGAUCACCGCAAUGUACUUCUCCGUGUGCAUUUACCCAUGGAAUCCUCUUCCUCUUGUCGUAUGUUAAAUCCGGAUACUUGAAGUCAUUUCCCAGCAGUGAAGUGAGGAACAAUAAGCAAAAAACAAAACAAAACUCGGAUUUGGAGUAGCAGGAGACGAGACCCUUCUUCACUAAGGACCCCAAGAUCUUCCAAGUUAAGGCUCCCAUGUCCAGAGAGCUCCUGCUCUGUUCUGAAAAACAGGAGUCUCCAACUCCUUGUUUAUAAUUUCUGAAGCUGCACUGUUUUCUUCUGAUGAGAUUUGUUUUCUUUUGGGGGGGGGUUGCCCUCCCCCUACUCCUUUCUCCCCACACACCUGCCUCUCCUCAGUCCCACUGUCUGGGUGGUGGAACAAUACAGAAGCACCUGAAAAGCCAGAGGGAGAGGAUCUGGGGUGGGAUGGGGGAUAAUUGGACAUCCCACGUACAAACUCCUUUUUUUCUGACCCCUGCUUGCUCACUUAUUCCCUUUCUGUGUUUAAUUUUCACAGAAUUUUUUAAUGGUGUAAGGAUACAAGUAUUUGGCUUCUUCAGAACACCAUAAGGUCUGGGUUGAACAGUAGGCAGAAGGUGCUGUCAUCUUUCAAAUGUCGCUGACCUGUGGCUUUCUGGUUCAUUGUCACCUCGGGGCCCUCCUUAUUGAGUAAACAGCUGUGAGGGCUCCUCUCCACCGGGUUGCCAAGGGCUUGGUGGUUGAAAGCAAUGUUUCUUAAACCACAACAGAUCUUUCCUGUCUGCACUGAAUUGUGUUUGACUGACUUGCCAUUCUUGCAGAUUUCUUACGGGGCCCAGCUUUGUGCAGAAUUUCUCUGUAUGUCACCAUAUUUCGCCCUCCUGCACUUCCUUGUCAUUGUCAGCCCCAGGGCUUUGAGGCUGGGGUCCUCUCGAGCUCACUCCACUUUAGAAGAGACUUUUCUAAACAGUUUUCUUUUCCAACUCUUGUUGCUUUCAUCGUUGUGAAGAAUCACCCAGGCCACUGGAUCUCGGUACCCUAACAUCAAGCUCAGAACUAGUCUGUGUGGGAGGCUAAAUGAUGUACACACACGCUUUUGGAAUGACACUGUGUGGUGGAAGGACUAUUAGAACUCAGAAGAAUAGUUAAUAAAUCCAGUAUUAUU